AUGAACCAUUCCCACCCCGAGAGGACCCUCGAGAAGCGGUGCUUUAUUGCGGAGAAGGAGCUCAUUCACCUUGUCGGUUGGGAGGAAAAAGAGAAUCUGGGAAGCAUCCGACUCUGCGAAUUGGCAACUAUCAGGGAAAAGGACUAUCUCUAUUCCAAAACUGCCUACCAUACUUGGUUGGGCAUAUCCUACCUCGAUCUAGCCAACCUCAAGUGGUACCUCGACAGGGCUGAGAGGCCGGGAUACUGGACUAUCACUCCCGAUCAGCUGGCGGAGGCCGAGACCAGCUGCGAUGACGACCAUUUAGAUCCUUGGUGCCUGGUGAUGCGGUAUGGGACCUUGUCUCUGUCGGUAUACACAGAGGAGAACGACGAUUUCCAUCAGCGUGCCGUUACAGGAGACAAGGCAACUUCUGGGUCGAGCCAUGCAGGGGCGACAUAA